AUGGCCAAUGAGAUGACUGAAUACGUGGUAACAGAGUUUACAUUUGAAGACAACAGUCUAUUACCUGACAUCACCAUGGAUCCUGAUUACCAAUCUUUGUACAACAUUUCUGAUAUUAAUGGUAGUGAUUACCUUCUCAACACCACUUUUGGGUUUGAUUUAAGCACCGAGGAGCCAAUACCCAUUCCACUCCCAGGUAGAGCUCCCCUGAUUGAAAUCAUCAUACGCUCGGUCAUUGUGAUUAUCACCCUCUUCGGCAACACUUUAGUGCUUUACGCCUACGCCACAACGAAAAAUCUUCGUACAUACACCAACUAUUACAUCGUGGGUUUGGCGGUGGCUGAUUUCUUCGCUGGGGGCGUCCUGUCAAUUAUACUCCUCUACCAAUCUUCUCUUGGUUACUGGCCCUUCACCGAGGUUGCCUGCACCUGCAUGAUCUUCAUCAAUCACGUUUUCCUCCAGGCCACUUUCUUGAUGACGGUGGCGAUUUGCUACGAUAGGUUCAAAGCUCUCAACAUGCCCCUCAAACACUUGAAGGAUAAGACUAUGCGACACGCGUGUUUCCUGAUAUCCCUUGCCUACAUCAUCCCGGUACUGCUCUGGACGCCGGUCAUUGUGGUGUUCCCGUACGUCGGGUUGGCCACACGGAUUCGUCCCCCACUGUGCACCGCUCCCUAUGCGCUCCAUCCUUCCCUACUCAUCUUCGCAAUCCUAGUCCUGUCCUGGAUCCCGAUGUUGGUGACCUCUGUACUGUAUGUCUUCGUUUAUAGUGCCGUCAUUCGCAAAGGGGUCAACAAGAAGCGAGGCAUCGGCGAGGAGGCCAGCUCCAACAAUAAAUCCGAGAAUCCGCCUGCAUCGCGAGCAGCGACCAAAGAAAAACCUGGCUUGAGCAGUCCCACCGAUCGGUGCGACCGGGCAUCUCACUCACAGACUGCCCUUGAUAUCGAGCCAGGUUCAUCCAAGGAUCAAGUCUUCAGCGUCUCUGCUGGAAUCUCUAUGGGCUUGACCAACUUGGCCUUCGAGCAAACCGGAGAUGAUAAUGAUGAAGACAACACCAAGAAUCAUCCAGAAACCACCAUCCGCCAAAUUUCGGCAGUACAGUCGACGAAACGUCCAGCCAAAAAAGCGGGUGAAACGUCGACGAAACGCCAUGUCGGCCUAGGCGCAUUGCAGCGUAAAACACGAGCCUCCACCAUGGGUUCCAAGCGGGAGAGUCGGUUGGCCAGUCUCCGUGCAACGCGCACUUUGACGUACAUCAUGUUCACUAUGGUUGUGACGGCACUACCGUGGUCCAUCUUCACGCUCUGGGCCGCCGUUGAUCCCUUCACUGUGCCUCUCAGGGGCCGUGCAUUUCCAUUUGACAAGCUCCACAUUGGGAACAACUUCUGA